CCUUUCGUCUCGCCCAGCCCCGCCCUUCCCCCUUCCCCGCCCCAUCUCUUCCCCUUCGCCGGCAAAUUCAAGCUCCGGAGCUCGCAACCGUGAUUGGCUCGAUCUUGCCCGCCGAGGUAGUACAUAUUCCUCUAGGGUUUAUCGGGUCCGCGACGGAGCGGACCCGCCGUGAUGGCGGCCACGAAGGCGGAUGCUAAGGCGGAGCCGACUGGCGGCGGCGGCGGCGGCUCGUUCACGGAGGAGAGGCUCUCCGAUAAGCUUGAUAAGCUCAGCAGCUCCGCUGCGAGCAUCCAGACACUUUCAAAUUGGUGCAUAUUUCAUCGGAGGAGAGCCAAAAGGGUUGUCGAUACAUGGGAGAAGCAGUUUAAUAAUGCAACAACUGAUAAGAAAGUGUCUUUCCUGUAUCUGUCAAAUGACAUCCUGCAAAAUAGCAAACGCAAGGGAAGUGAAUUUGUGAAUGAGUUCUGGAGGGUUCUUCCUGGGUUACUGAAAGAUUUCUAUGAAAAUGGGGGACAAAAUGGAAAGAAAGUGGUGGCAAGACUAAUAGGGAUUUGGGAUGAGCGGAAAGUUUUUGGAACGCGCAGUGAAAGUCUGAAAGACAUUCUUAGUGAUAACCCCCCCAUAUUGAAUAAAAACGACACAAGUUCAAAUCCUACCUCCAAGCCCUCUUCAGUUUCAAAUUGUGCUCAGAAGGAUCCAAGUCCAAUAAUAAAAAAACUAACUGUUAGCGGGAUGCCUGAAAAGAUAAUAACUGCGUACCAAUCUGUAUUUGAUCAAUAUUUUGACGAAGACACGGCUUUAAACAAAUGCAAGACUACCGUGAGUGCUUUGGAGAAGAUGGAUAAAGAUGUAGAUGAGGCUUGUACUAAUGAUAUCCAGCAAGCGCCGUCACUGGUUUCCAAGCUUCAAGAACAGGAAGCAAAUCUGAAGCAGUGCAUUGAGCAACUUGAAAGUGUUGAUGCGGCUAGAAUAACCCUGAUCAAUCACCUAAAAGAAGCUCUUAGUGAACAGGAAAUAAAGUCAGAGCUUAUCCGCAAUCAGUUGCAAGUUGCUCGAGCAGAGGCUGAACAUGCCGUGCAACUAAGACAACGAUUUGGUAGUGCUCAUGUCACUAGUGGGGCAUGGUCUACUUCUAGUACACUCAUGACUACAACUCCUACAGAGCAAACUGCAGCGAUGAUGCAGAAUGCAGUAAUAAGCCCAAUAUCUCCCCAGUAUCAACUACCGCAUCUGGCAACCUCACUCUCUGCUACAGCCAGUGCUGCAGGCGAUGAGCCCAAGAAAACAGCAGCAGCAAUGGCAGAUAAACUUGCAUCUUUGUCAUCUCCAGAGCAGGUGCUCUCCUCCAUUUUGGCCUCCUUUGCUGCUGAACAAGCUGCUUCCAUGAGUGGUGGCUCGCCUUCUGUAGAGCUCUCUGAAGCGCCUCCAGGCUUCCCGACACCAAAGAGGCCUAGAAUCGAGAAUCACACGGAGGCCGGUGAUAUGGGUGCUCCCACUUUCUAUGGGCAAUUGCAACAGGCACAACAGAAUGGAGCACCACCUACUUCUCUUGCAGGCAUGCAGCCAUUGGCGCAGAUAAAUCAAGCACCAGGUUCAUUUGUACCACCUCCCCCUCCACUGCCACCUGCCCUGCCGUCACUUCUGCAGCAGUUCAGUCAAAAUGCUGGAGGAAUGUUUGGAAUGGGGGGAGCUUUCGGGAUGAUGGCUAGCUCUAUGCCACCUCCACUGCCCAACAUGCCACCUCCACUGCCCAACAUGCUGCCUCCACCUCCUCUUUCACCAGCUCAGAAUCAGAGCCAGAGCCAGAGCCAGCAGCAGCAGUCUCCACAGGCACCGCAGCAAUCUCCAACAUCAAGCGGUUUCUUUCCAUCACCAGGCAUGGGGUUCUUCCCUCCAGUUCAGAUGCAGCAAUCGCCUUCAGUCCAGAGGCAAUGAUCACAUAGGAAUCGUCAGGUCAAAAAGGUGGCACCUUUGUGCUAAUUUUGUAUAUUAAGCAAUAGUUGCAGAGUGUUAGUUGGCAGGUCCGGAGGCAAGCAGGAACAUCAAUGCCUAGAAUUCGAAAGAUUUGUAGAAUAGGCUUUGUGGUUUGUGUGAUGUAUAACUAAUAACUGUUCUUUUUGUAUGGGGAGGUUGGUCAUAUGGAGUAGUAGUUAGACUCUUCUUCGUUGUUCCAUAUAGUAGCUCCUUAAUUAGUCUUGCGGCAAACAAAUAUUGUUACUUGAAGAGUUGCCCAGAUGAUGGAACAUUGGGCUCCUCAACUUGAGAACUUAGCAGUGGUUUGAUACAGAUGUUAUAGACAUAUAGUUCUCAUAGAUCCAUGAUAGAUCAUCAUUUUUUGUUUAAUAUAAGUAUUUGCAUUUGAUUUA